AUGCGGAAUCAGUUAGCUUCGCUUCAGUCGAGCUUUUUGCUGUUUCGGGAACAGUCAAAAGCUGAAAUUAUCGAGCUUCAAGGAAGGGUUAAUGGUUUGAGUUCUGUUGUACAGUCUCAAUCCAAAGAAAUAGCUAAUUUAAAAAACGAAAACACGAAGUUGUUCCAAAUUUGCAUACAAGGUCAUGCUACAAUGCCUAAUAAUUAUUCACAGGAGUUAGUUGAGAAUGAAAUCAGUAAUCAUGUUAGUGAAGAUACUACAUAUGCUAGCCGUGUUGCAAAGAAAACAAAGAAAACUAAUGACCCAAAGGCUAAACAUAAGCCCUCUAGCAACAAAUCCACGGAAAGUGAGAACGAAGUUGUUGCUGUUGUUGCUGUCAAUGACGUGUUAGAAAAACCCAUGGAGAACCCCGCUACCUGUGUUGUAGCAAGUCGUAGUACGAAUAAUCAUAGUAGUUCAAUUAUAAGUAGAGACAACGCGACUAAUAUUGAGCAAGUUAUGGAAGUAAGUGAUGAAACGGAUGUAGAGUUUGUGGGAGUAAAGCGUUCUAGGAUAAAGACACAGCGUUUCUUUUUAAGUGGGAUUAACGAGAAAGUGAGCUCUAAACAGAUUUUAAACUACCUUCAGGACCGUCAAAUCAUUCCAACACUACUACGCGUGUUUACAAGUAAACAAAAGGGUACACUUUCAGCAAAACUUAAUGUAAGAGACAAAGAUUCUGCUAAAGUACUUGAUAAGGACUUCUGGCCAAAAUAUGUGCGCUGCAGAAACUGGGUUUCACAAAAACAAUUUGACAAAACCCGCAACCAAACAACACAAAAGUAA